CGUCUUCUUGUUCUGGCAGGCUACGCAUGCGGAUUGCGGGCAUGUUUCUGUUAGUAACUAUACAAUAAAAAGACAGCCGACUGUUUUGCAUACUUAUUCACAGCUUCUGUGAUGGAAUGGAAUUAUUUAUAUUUUCCUUGCAUGUUAAGAAUUGUGAUUGAUAGUGACAUGUUAAAUUAUGGAAAAUUAGCGGUUUUUUUAGAUUCUUCGUAAUUAUUUUAAAUGGAAUUUUCUCAGCUGAUCGAGCAUUUAUUUUUAAGAAUUGAUAAUGAGACAAGCUACGUGUAUUACGGUUAAAAUCCCAUAGCACGCUUUUAUCGUGUUGUGUUUUGAUGAGAGAUAGUAAUAUCAUUACUUCCGGGAUAAAUUCCAUCAAGGCCAACUUUGUUCUGCUAAUUGUGUAGUUUUGUUUUAAACCUGAAAAAGAAACAGGUUUGUUUUCUGUUGAAAACUGACACAAUUUAGAAAAGCAUAGUAAACUGUAAAAGUUCCUAGUAAAUCGAUUAAUUGCACGAAUAGAUUUAUUCGUGUGGUUGCUGAACCAAAUAUAUCAUAGAGUAAAAGCAAAUUCAUAGCAUCUUCUCCAUGGAAACACUGUUUUCAACAUUUGUCAUGGGGAUGUGGCCAAAUGUGUAGGCUUUAUUUUCAUUGAUAGGUAUGUCAGUCAGCUGACUUCUCUAGUCCAAUGGCUAACGCUUGCAUCGCAAUAAGCUCCUCCCUAUACCAAGACAGGAAAUAGUUGCCCAUGUACCACCGUGAUUCGUGAAGAUCCCCCUCUUUUAUUCUUUGUCUAUGUCUUCACGGAACCGACCUUAAAACAAAAGUUAGUAGCAGUCAGCUGCUAGUUCUGGGCGGAUCGAAUUCCCAGUCUGGGCUGAGGGAGAGAUUCUUGCCUUCAUUUUAACUUCAACCCUGCUGCCUCCCGUGACACACUCGUCUCCAGAUUGAGUUACAUUUUUUUUUAUUGUUUUAUUAGUCUGACUCUUGAAUCUUUUAGCUGUAGAUAAAUUUCUUGUAAAGUAGUACUCAAAUCAGUUAUGGAGUCGACUAACGACUAUGAUGUCGUGAGAAAUAUGACAUUACUUUUUUUUCUGGAACGACUGUUGGAACGGGGGCAGCCGAGGUCACUUCACGAUUUGAGCUGUCAAUUUGGCUCAAAAGGUUUUACUAAAACUAUGAGACAAAUUGCAGGUGGCUCACAAUCUGGAUUGAAGAAGUUUCUUUCGCAGUAUCCAUCAGUAUUUACUGUUGAUGGAGACUUUGUUACAGCAGCUGUUCUGACUGGUCCUGAUUCAAGCAGAAACCAGCAAAAUUCAAAUGGUAAACGAGACUACGAACAGGAAGCUGUAGAUUAUUUCCACAACAAGAUGCAGCAGUAUGGAGCUGGCAUUGAAGUUCCUAUGAGAAGUCUGCUUGGUCAUCGCUCACAAGCUUCUCCUGAAAUUCGCCACAUAACUGGACAGCACAUUCGAGAGUUUAAAGAUUUCCUGGAAAGACAUCCUGAAGUAUUCAUUAUGCAUGACGAGUCUAUCUUCCUGAAAGAAUACGAAGGCAUGGAGAUCAAACCUUUCAAAGAACUUGAGCAGAUCAAGCUGGACCCAGAACUAACAAAUAAGUUUUUGAUAUAUUUCAGAAUGUUUGUAGAAAGGAAUGGACCAAAGCAUGUUGAAGAAUUGUUGGAAGCUGUUACGAAAAGCUAUCCUAGAGAAUCAUGGGUCAAUCUUUUCAGCACAAGUCAUGACUUGACCACAUUCUUCAAGCUGCAUUCCAACAUUUUCCAUGUCCAAGCAAAUAUUGUUGACAUCAUUCCCUACAAUCUCCGAAAAGCAGCUGAGAUUACUGAGGCGCCGCACGUUACCAAGACUCAAGAGCUAACUUCGUUUUCGCCUCCUCCUUCACUGCAAUCUUCCCAGGAAAAACAGAGUCUCAAGCAACGUGUCAAUUCAAUUGUAAUGAAAACCUUAGCAGAAAACACUGGUCGUGAUAGGACUCCUGCUGGGCACGAAUCUCCUACAAAAGAAGUAACCUCUCCGUCCAAAAUGCGAGUCCUUCAGUCAACACGGGUCAUCAGUUCAACUAAAGAAAGUAUUGUUGUUGUUAACGAUAUAAUGAGUUCCCAGAAAGUCGUCUCGUUAGACCUCGAAGGUGUCAAUGUCGGUGGUAACAACGGAGAGGUAACAUUGGCUGUGAUUGGACUCCCUUCUGGUGUUAUUUACAUUUUCGAUUUGAUUACUUGCCCAGCCAUUAUGAGUCAAGGAAUGCUUGCCAACUUGAUUAUAUCUAAAGAAAUCGUCAAGGUCUGUCAUGACUGCAAAAAUGAUAGUGCAGCUUUGAAUUUGGGCUGGAAUGUGAAAUUGGAAAACGUAUUCGACACACAGGCUGCACAUGCUGUCGUCCAGUUGCAAGAGACGGGUCGUGCAGUACAUAAAGUCAAGACGACUAGUUUGAACGCUAUGUGUGAAAAUUACGAUCUACCUACUAAUCCGUUCAAAGAAUUGGUCAAGACUAUCUAUAAACGAGAUCAGCGUUUUUGGGCCCGAAGACCGCUGACUAGGGACAUGAUUUUAUACGCGGCUUAUGACGUGAUGCCACUAGUUCCGCACCUUUACGACUUGCUCAACAACACUGUGAAGCCUGAAUUCCGCCCGCUGUUGGAGGAACUAUGCGCCGAAAACUUGCUUGCCUUGCUGCAACCUGAUGAAGUGAAAAGAAGCAAAAAAGAGCGCAAGAUGGAAAUGGAGGUCUUGGAGUUGCGCCAGAAGUUAGCUGCCGUGCAGGGGAAGGGGGUUGUGCUUAGCAACCGAGAAAUCCGAUUACUUAGGCAUUUGGAUUUGACUGAAGAAGAAAGGGAAAAGCUUGAUGGAUCUUACAAAGUGGCUAAGAAACUUGAAAAGCUUCAGUCUAAAAGACAAGAUCAACAGCAGAACUCACUGGGGGGUACCAGUGACGACGCUAAUGAUGGCAACGAAUCACCUACUGCCGAUGGCGAAUCACGAAGUCUGGAUUCGCAAGGAAGCAGCGAAAAAACAUCGCCUGAAACUUCGCUCAUUGGUUCGAAUGGCUGUCCUCUGUCGCCUUCUAGCUCGGUUCGGUCACCUUAUUCAAGCCUGAGCCUAACCGCAUCAAUGCAGCUAGUAGAUGAGAUUUUGUCUGACCAGCGCAUUGAAAAAAUGGAUAAGAUUGAACGUCUCGAAGCUAUCCUAUCGGCUGCCACAGCGAGCAGCCCUUCGUCCAUCACGCUGUCUUCUAGUGAACUGAGUAGCAGCUGUUGUAAUUGCGAUUGCCAUAGCACUACCAAGUACGUUUUGCAGCGCGACUCUCUUCCCGGGAGGUAUAUGUCAGAUGUUGGCUGUCAAACACUUUCCACCGGUGACAUAGUAAUCACCAAAGUCUAUUUCCCUGAGGGGGACACUUCUGCCUCGGAUAUUUGCCUAACGCCUUCACCCAAAAAGACGAAACCUGCCCAGUUUCAGUAGAAUUGCAAUCUUUCGUAAUUACGAAGUGUCUAUGCAACAUUUUUAUUCCUUACUAUUUAUAUGAUUCUGUUGAUUUAUCUCUUAGAGUAAGGAAGUAGCAUGAAAGCUAUAGAUACCAGAUAAUACUGCCUUAGUGUGUGAAUGACAAGGUUGCUUGACACUCUUGUGAUGAAUUUUAUGUUUUUGUAAUCAUUUGACAAGGCCUUACAGUGGAAACUAAUUUCUGACUUUUCCUAUAUUGAACAUUUCACUUUUUAAAUCUGUUUAAAUAGAAGAAACAAUUAACUUUUCUGUGCAUUGCACAUCUCUUGACAGCAAAGAGGACUGUAGUGUAAGAGAAUAUUUUGUUGUUUCAUUAGUGCUUUUUAAUGCUUAUGGGGAUUCCAAAGCUGUGUACAUUACAUUGUCUUGUCUUGCAGGUCUGACAAACUUCUUUUAAUGGAAGUGUGUUAAGAAAUGGAACUAUCAAAUCUCACUAACAAUUUUAGCUGUCCUCAAAACACUUUCAGAUUUUGAGGAAUGUGUAUUUUGAGGAAAAUGCAAUCAGUCAAUACAAAGUGGAAAAGAG